AUGUCGUCGACGCACUCCCCGCAAACCCACGUCGAGGACCCUGACGCCGGAUGGAAGCCAAACAACCGUCCCCAGUCGACCGUCGCCCGCAAUUUCAUGUCAGAGCUCGACGACCUCUUCCGGCUGGACGGUGGCAUUGACCUGCUCGAUAAGAACGUGCACCAGAAGAAGCAAGCCGUCACCACGCACGCACAGGAGCUCGAAGCCCUCGAGGCCAAGCUCCGCGAGACCGAAGCGCGCCUCAACCAGGCCCGCAACUCUCCGCCGCGACGGAAGGAUAGCCAGCGCCGCACGCCCAUCGAGGACACCUUCUCUGCCCAAGACAGGGUCCGCUUAGAGAACGGUGGAAGCCCUCUGCCAGUGCGCCAAAACAAGGAGAACAUGGCUCCACCGCCCAGACAGAACAUGCCAGGUGCGUUGUCAGAACCAACCCAUUCUGACAACAGCACUGAAUACGUCUUUGUAGACCGGCCGCCGACCGCCCGCACCGAUGACGGAGCGAAGGCAUGA